GCAGAGAUCCGGGGAGGCCCAGCCGGAGGGAAGCAACAGGACGUGGGUGUGUCCUGGGGCUGUAACACCCAGUGGAGGAGGAGUGGGGCCAGGCUGGGGACCCUGCUUUGAAAAGCCAGUGACAAAUAUUCAACAGCCCACUCUGCCUCCAUUCCACAGAGAGGCCAGGAGGUGGGGCGUUUGGCAGGGUGCCCAGCUAGUAGCUUAGAGGAAGUAAGCUUGGGGGAGGGGAACAGACGUCUUUGGGUCCCCUUUGGUGGGCGGGGCAAGCAAACCUCCUCGGAAGCAGGCUUAGGAGGAAAGCAGAGGAGGACGCUGGGCGGCGCAGGCAUGCCGCUGGAGCUCUUUCUGGACCUGUACUCGCCCCCCUGCCGUGCCAUUUACAUUUUCGCCAGGAAGAAUGGCAUUCCCUUUGAGUUUCGGCCUGUGGAGCUAGGGCGAGCGGAGCACCUGAAGCCUGAAUUCUUGAAGGUUAACCCCCUGGGGAAGGUACCUGCCCUGAGGGAUGGAGACUUUCUGUUGGCUGAGAGUGUGGCCAUCCUUUUAUACUUGAGCCGCAAGUACCAGACGGCGCCAUGCUGGUACCCACCUGAACUGCAGGCCCGUGCCCGCGUCGACGAGUACCUGGCGUGGCAGCACACUGCCAUCCAGCUACCUGCCACCAACGUCUACCUGUGUAAGUCCCUCCUGCCCCACUUCUCGGGGCAGCCCGUGGACACCGUGCGGCUAGACCAGCUGUUGGGGAGGCUGAAACCAGCCCUGCAGCACAUGGAUCAGGAGGUCCUGGUGGCCAGGCCCUUCCUGGCCACUGAGCAGGUCUCCCUAGCCGAUCUGAUGGCAUUCACGGAGCUGAUGCAGCCCACUGCUGUUGGCUGUGACAUCUUCCGAGACUGGCCCCGGCUGGCAGCUUGGCGAGCCCGAGUAGAGGCUGCCCUGGGCCCUGAGCUUGUCCAGGAAGCCCACAAGCGUGUGCUACAGCCUCGGGACCCCAGAGACGCCCAGCGGGACCCCCAGCUGGCACAGGAGCUGGUGCAUCGGGUGCAGGAGCGGCUCGGCUGAGACGGGUGCGGUGCAGCCCAUUCCCCUGCACUCUGUCCCCCGAACAAUAAACAUGCUGUGUGCCCUCUA